UGGUGAGUUUCACUGCCUCGUAGUCUCUCCCAGUGAGGUUCACAGUCAGUUGCUUGCCGGCGCUCGAAUAGAAAGGAGGUUGCCUUUCAGUUUUUCAUAACGUUGUGUAGCCUUAGCGUGUGAUUACUAUUUGUGCUCAUUCCCCGUAUACCGAAUUUUUGCAUUCAAGCACUGAGGUAUUUUGUUAACCAAAUAGCCCCAUCAGUGUUUGAUUUGGGAUAUGUGUGUGCAAAUGACCCAAUGGAUAAAUACACUUCUUGCACACUGUUUGUCCCUCCGCGUGGUACAUAAGUGAAAAGUUUUAAAGAAAAAGAAAAGAGCCACGAAGAAUUAUCGUUGUUAUUUACAAAAGUGUAUGGAUUUCUUAAGGUACCACGCAAACAGCACGUAUUUAUGACAAUUUUAUCGCAGAUGGACAAUCGAUUUAUCUGAGUGUAUAGUAUCAUCGCGAGAGUUGUGGAGCAUCAACGUGAUCUGCCGAUGGUCUAAAGUGAAACUUUUGCGUUCAUUGAAUAUCCCAGAGAUGUGUUGGUAGGAAAAAAAAUCAGUGUUCAUAAUCAUAAAUAUUAACAUUUUGUGUUUGGCUCUUGUGACUAGUUUUCGACUUCUUCUUUCACCUAAAAAGAAAAAGAAAAAUAACCACAACUUGUAUUCUCCGAGCUCUUCCUGAAUCAACACCGACACAUACCUACAAUACAGCAUAUGCUAAUGCUAUAUAGAGCCAAAUUAUGAGUACAAUCAAUCAUGGACUGAUUGUGGUGAAUAUUUAGGUGAAACAAGAAAUUACAGUGGAGUCGCAUUGCAAUUGAAACCAUAUAGUGAAAGACAGGAUAUUUUUGACCACUCGAUGUACGUACAUAAAUAGUGCUACAAACUUUCUUGAGAAAUGAACUGUAGAUCCCACCCCUGACACCUAAGUCAAACUACGUCUAGAGAUCGAAACCAGCUAUUCGACUCAAUACCAACAUACAACAACAUUUCUGGCCCUACAUUUUGGGAAAAUUCAUAGAAUUUCAGCACAAACAGCUUAAUGCUUAAAAUAAGAACAAUUCACGAGGUACCUGGGCGACACAUGUUUGAGAAAGAUGAAUAAGAUUUGGAGCUCUCGGUUGAUCAUCAAGUUUCUCUUUGCGCUGGGUGUGUGGUCUUUCUUGUUGCUGGGGCUCCUCAAGUUACACAGCAACCGUGUGAUCCUCGAGGAGGAGAUCCAAUCAGGAAUCAACAAUGGACGACUCUUACUUCAAAAGGAUGGACGCUACCAGGAAGCUACGUCUACAACCACGGAAAAGUUCCUCCCACUCGAUGUUUUGAUUGACAAUCGAACGAAACUCGAUGAUGAUCAACUUGUACGCGAUGUGGAGUCUCGAUUGCCAUCACUACCAAUUGCUUACUGGAGCAAGCAUAAGAAUUUCUCACAGCAGAAAUCUUCUACUUGCGCCAAGUACCCCUCAAUCUUCGAUCUGGAGUUCAACAACAUCUACUGGCAGACACUACAUACCAGCAACGGGACUUUCCAGCUCUAUGGGGCGUACUAUGAUAUCCGAAAAAAGUCACGCAUAGGACCAGCUGUUCGGAUACUGGGCAUGAUUGAUCGUAUUGAACCCAAAGUCAAGACGUACUGCCAGUUUUGGUUUGAUGGACAAAAGGAGCCCUACAUAGUCAAGACGUUUGAGUACAAGUACGUGUGGUACAACAAGUGGGGCAACUACAAGCAGGGUAUCUACCAACCCUACCUGAUUGCUUGCCAAAUCCCCAAACCUUUCCACGGCGUUAAACCAGCCUCUGUGUCAGUGGUGGAAAAUGAAUGUGACACUGCCUCGAAUAAUCUCAGGGUGCUCCACAAUACGCCACCGGAUGGGAAAAAGAAAAAUUUUGCCGUGUGCGUAAAAGGACUAGACUUCUUGUACGAUGAUCUGUCAGUUCGUCUAAUUGAAUGGAUUGAGUUGCUGAAUAUCCUUGGAGCUGAUAAGAUCUACUUCUACAACCUCCAAGUUCAUCCCAAUAUCACCAAGGUCCUGGAUUACUAUGAGGCUGAGGGGAAAGUUCAAGUCACACCGCUCACACUACCAGGUGGGCAACCCAAUGUUCCUGGAUUCCAACAUCUCUACCUUACGAAGAAGACAAAUCACAAACGACAGAAUGAAUUGAUACCCUACAAUGAUUGUCUGUAUAAGAAUAUGUACAUGUACAAGUACAUAACCCUCCUGGACAUCGAUGAGGUUAUCAUGCCAAAGGGCGAUCUCAACAAUUGGGCUGAACUCAUGGAUGUCGUUUUGCCGAAAUCACUGAAACAGCGCAAAGAGGGCUACCACAGCUACAAUCUCCGUAAUGUCUACUUCCUCGACGGUUACCAACAUGAUCAUGGAUGGACAAAGGACAUACCGAAAUUCAUGCACAUGCUCCAGCACGUCCAUAGAGCGCAGAACUACACAAAACCCAAUCAGUAUGUAAAAUGUUUCCACGAUCCCGAAUCAGUUCUCAGUCUUCACAAUCACUUCCCGCUCUCGUGCCUCGGUGGUGCCUGCAAAUCCUUCCCUGUGGACACAGAGGAUGGCCACCUGCAGCACUAUCGAGCGGACUGCGUGAAGAGUCUCAAAAAAAGUUGCGAGGAAUACAAGGAGCAUCAAAUACGCGACACAACCAUUUGGAAAUUCAAGGAAGAGCUCGUUCAGCGCUCAAUGCGAACCCUUGAUAAGUUAGGCUUCUUCCGUAAUCCACCUACAGGUCGAGGAUCGCGUGACUUGGAGCGGUAAUCGUGAUCUCACCAACAUCUCUAAAUAAAUUUUUGCAAAAAAAAAACAUUAAAAUCAUUGCUUAGAAGGAAAUGAUAUAGAAAUAAUUGUGAUAUAGGCAGAAAGAGAAAAUCUUGCAUUACUUAAAAGUAAAUGAAAACAAUUCUUAUUAUCAAUUGUGAACAGACAAAAUAUCAAACCAACAUAUUGUGACUUCUUCAUUGUUACAAUCGAUUAUUUGUCAUGUAUUGUUGAAACAGUUGUAAGAAAGUCAAAUAGGUUUACAUACAAUUUCUUGUAGGAAAAAAAAAGAGAGAAUGACUUAAAAAGUGUGUUGUGUGCCUUUCAAUAAAAAAAAAACAUAAUCAUAUUCACUAAUAGGUGAAGAAGAAAGAAACUUAGAGAUUUUUCAAAGGAAAAAAAAAUAUGUGUGACACUGUUUGAAUCUUUGGCUAGACACUAUUGAGAAAAAAAAGAAGUAUGGCAAAAGAAAAUAUACUGUUUGAAAAGGAAUUAUAUACAAAAAAAAGUGAAAAAAAAAGAAGUAACCGUGAUUUAAAAUAUUAGGUAAUUAGUAGGUAGUUGUUGUAUGUUUUAUAUGGAAAGACUGAGCCGUUGUUUAGGAGCAAAAGCCGAGUGAAAGAAAAAAAAAUAAAGAGAAGUAGUAAAUUGAUCAAUUAUUUAUUAUUCAAUUGCAAAAACACUGUAAAAAAACACAACAUACACAAAACUACUGUAUGAAAUGAUUUUUCUUCCUAUUACAUCGUAAGUGUGUGUAUAUAUAGGUAAUUUUGUGAAAAUAAAGAAAAAAAUCAUAAAAUAGAACACAAUAAAUUGAGAAAAAAGUCAAAUACAACUGAAAGAAUUAAAUGUUAAGUUAAUUUAUCCAAUUUUCUGUCAAUAUAGUCAUUUAAAUCUAAUCCUAUAUUAUAUUUGAUAUUUAAAUUCUUCAAAA